CCUCCUUUGGCUGAGAUCCAGUACAGGACCGAUAUCCGACUCGUCGAAUCUAACAGUCACGUGCCGCAUCACUCGGCAAAGUUUCCCUAUAGAAAAAAUGGUUCGCUCGCGAGAGACUGCGAGACUGAAGGCCAUUCAACUGUGACUAUCCAGUAUUCAAUCCUUUAGAGUGCCUGUUGCUUGUCUCGUUCAUCCAAUGUUCACCUGUCCUUCCUGUCUGCUCCAGGCUUUCCGAUCCCUUGCUCUUGACGCGGCCCGGCCUUACAAUCCUGCACUACGACUCCGAUCUGUGAAGACUUUUCGCCGCAGCCAUGCUACCCUGCAAUCUAUACAGCAGGGUCAUCACCGCCGACUCCUUAAUGAAUCCCUUUCCACCAAGAAAAAGUUGAAACCGGCUCCGUUGAAGUUGUCACCGGCUGUCGCAAGGGCAGCGACGAAAGAUGCUCGCGCGAGGAACAGCAACCGGAUGCGCCUAAUGAACAACUACGGCAGGACCGAGGUUACUAACAGCGCAAGGCUUGAAUUGCAAUACCUCAGCGAUCCACUCAAGCUGGCCCAAGCCGUGGGCGAGAAAUUGAGGAAGGGGCAGUUCGAUGUUGCCUUGAACCUUGUGCGAGAAAGUGACAAGGGGGUCGGAGUCUCUCGGGCCAGUAUCGACAACACCGUCAGUUGGAAUCAUCUAAUAGACUGGCUGAUGCAACAAAAGCAACCGAAUGAUGCAUGGAAGAUAUACAAUGAGAUGAAGAAACGAGGUCACAAGCCUGACGCUCACACCUACACAAUCAUGCUGAGAGGCUACCGUGACAACUUCAGAAGCCCAAAUGCAGUCAAACAGGCAAUCAACGUCUACAACUCCAUUGGCGCACCCAACUCGGCUGUCGAGCCUACCGUAAUCCAUACAAACGCAGUCCUGAAUGUAUGCGCAAGAGCACUACACACCGAUUCGAUGUGGGCCAUCGCUGGAAAGCUGCCAGAGCGCGGACCUGGCGCUCCUGAUCAAAUUACUUACACCACCAUCCUGAACGCCAUAAACGCUGAGGUUAGGAGUCGGGCAGUAAAGUUGGGAUCCGAUACGCCAGGCCACGAAUAUGACCCCCAGCCAAUCUUUGAAGAAGCCGUCAACGACGCCCGAAAGCUGUGGGUCGACAUUACCUCCCGUUGGAGGAGGGGUCUUCUACACCCCGAUGAGGAUCUUGUCUGUGCCAUGGGCAGAAUAUUGUUGCUGUCGGCAGAAACCAAGUCUUGUGAGGAUGUAUUGAACCUGGUUCAGCAGACUAUGAAUAUUCCCAAUUACAAACCUCAACAGGAGCCUGGGCAGGACACAGAUGAAUCACGAACAGCAUGGAUUGGCGCUCCCGAAGAUUCUGAAGACGUGUCUCCUGCCUCGGUGGAUGUUACAGCAAGCCUAUAUCGACCGAUGCCGGUCACCCACACGGACUCGUCCAUCUAUGCCAGGCCAGGUAACAACACUCUUUCGAUGCUCAUGGAGGCUACUACUGCGCUAAGACAGAUCGGCGCUGGGAAGAAUUACUGGCAGCUCCUGACUUCUCCGACGGGGCCAUACAAGCUAGCCGCCGACCCAGCAAACAUCGCCUCAUACAUGCGUCUCCUCCGUGUGUCGCGCGCGAGUCAAGCGACGCUCGAUCUCCUUCUCGAGCCACGACCGGAGGAAAUCCAGAAGAAAGUGAUGUCCCGUGGUACUUUCACCAUUGCCAUGAGUACGUGUUUUCGUGACAAAAGGAACCCGAAUGUAUUCAGCAUUGCCAGCCGCAUAUUUGACUUGAUGAAAGAAAGCGCCGACAUUGAGACGGUUGAUGAUUCGCCUUCAAGUCUUGGGCUCAGGUUCUCGCCCGUGGUGCUUGAGAAAUACCUGCAACUAGCACUGGCAACGACGAAAGGACUUGGCGGGCCACAUCUGACGAAGACGAGAAAUGGUGAUCUAGACUUUGAGCGCGACCCCGCCAAGAACAAUACAUUUGUGGCAUUGGGCAAACUUGAGCCUGAGGUGGCCAACGUCAAGCGUUUGAUCAAAUUGCAUGUCACUGAGCUCGAGCAGCUUGAAGCUACGAGAGCACGUACCAGAAACGUUCAGACUCUGUUGAACAAGCGCAAGAUUACACCCUACAGUGUUCGAGAGAGCAUGUCGCAAUUGGUUGGCUUCCUGAGGACGCUGAUAGGUGCGUACGAUAAGAUCUUGAAGAUCAACGAGCGACUGGAAGAUGAUGGGAUGGGUCCGCUAGAUAACGAGCUCAUAAAAGAGUGUUGGGCGAAGAAGCGCGGGUUGUCGGCGUUCUUGGGCAAGGUCGAGAACGUGGGUGACAGCGUGCCGACGACAGAGGCGGACUCAGGACGCAUUGCAAGAACGGUCAGUGUUUUGGCCCUAGAGAAUGAGGUCGACAAUGGGAGUGCUGUUGACGAUGCCGAUGCCGAAGGAGGCGAGAGUGACGGUGGUGGUGGUAGAGGGCUCGACUAUGUUCCGGGCCAACGGACGAAGGCCUUGCGCAGAAUCGAGUCAGAGAGAACACGGAGACAGAAGCAGAGCGAGGAGAGGGGUCUGUCGAGGAUCCAGAAGCGCGAAUUGACCAAGGAGGAGCGGAUUAGGGCGCAGUUCCCGGCGAGUGUGCUGCGGCCUAAGGAGCGACGAGGAGCGCCGCGCAAGAAGAAGUUCGGCGACAUCGAUACCCAUACGCAUACCAAUACUCGAACUCGUGACGAAGAUUAUCUUGAGGAGGCCACUGGAAGAACUAGAAAGGGUUAUAGCGGAUGGGGAGGUGGAUUUCAAGAUCUCGCGAGGCAGAAUGGGCAUGGGCAUCGGUCUGGGUUUGUGGAUCUGGGACGGUGAUUUCUUCGGAAUCGGAACUCUCCCCCAUUCCCACAAACUCCUACCGUACCUUAGGUGGAAGAAGUCUUGAUCAGAUUGUACGAUACUGUAUAAGUUGGCUGACGGUGGUUUCCUUUUCGGUGCAUAGCGACGGUGCGGCGCAUAGAAGGGAAUAUUGCAUGAAUUAUAUAUGACUUACCCUGGUCUUUUCGGUUGUACAUAGUAGGCAAUGCGUGGUCACCUUUAGGGUGGAAUUGAGUAGCAUACUACAGCCAAGGGGGUAUUGGGUAUUAUGAACUGAUGAGAGUCCCAUCGUACUACAAAAGUGUACAGACAUACCCUAGGUACUAGGC